AAAUGUCAAACCAGUCGGCUGAAGCCAAAGUCCCCAUGGGCCCCAAAGUCAGAGCCCCAGCCAGUCCCUGUGAUGACGUACGGCGGCGUUCUUCAUUUAGGGUGGGCUGCUCAUUCUAUUCUUAAUACCCCCCCAGCUCUACUGAGGCUCAGCCACUUUGAAUGGAGAAGGACAGGGGCAACCUCAACAUUGUCUGAUUACCCCAUUGUCAGCCUGUGAGCUUGACUUAUUAUGCACGGCUGGAUUUUGUGUGGGUAUUGUGUUUGUGGUUGAUUUUUUCCCACUUUAAGUUGCUCGAUCUUCCUUGAGGAUUUGUUUUCCAUCAGUGCUGCACUAUAAUUGUGGGGUUUGCCGUUAAGGAGAAGACCUAAACGAGCAGAUCUGGCUGGUUUUGUCAAAGUAGGGAUUCAGUGGGGGUUUUUUUGUGGACACUGGCCCCGAGCAGUCAGUCAUAGGUUGUUCCAGGAGAGCUGAUCCUAACAGUCUUCACACGUGGUUGAAGUGAUGAGCUCUAAACUGGUGGGCUCCCUGGCCAAGGUCUACGACCCCAAAGCUUCUCUCAACAAGGGGAAACCGGGAAUGAUGGCAGGAGAUGCCGAUGAUCAACAUGCCCACGGCUUCAACAUCAUCCACGUGAAGAUGGAGUCCCUGAGCGAGAAGAUGGACAAGCUUAUUCACCUACAGGGGAAGGUCCUCAACCGGCUGGAUGGCAUGUCGGAGGAGAUCGAAGACAUCGAGCAGGACAUGGAGACGUUGAUGGUGGACAAGGAAGAGGUUCAUGUGCUGCCGGCACUCCCCAGGCUACUGGAGCCAGCAGGCACCAACCAGGUGAAGGAGAUGUGCAAGGAGAUGACCACCAUCAUGUCAGCAGUGAACAAGAGGUCAGAACAGCAGGAGAAGAAGCUGGAAGGGAUGGAGAAGCUGGUGCUCAGCAUCCAGGAGGUGAUCAGCUUCAUUGGGGAAACGGUGAAGGGCUCUCAGCUCAUGGAGCUCCUUUUCAAACGAGGCUCCACUUCACCCGGAGAGGGAGUAGCCUCACCCCCACCCAAAGAGAACACUAAUGAUAAGGGCAAACAGACUAUCAAGAGGCAAGCUUCUACAGACAAGGGCGAGUCGGUGCUCAGCGAGAAAUUAGACAAGCUGAAAGACCAGAAAGGGAGAGAGGGGAAGGAGAAGCCUGGGUUGAGUCUGAAAUUGCAGAAGAAGCCUCCAGACUUGUCAGACACCAGCUCUCUGAAGAAGCACCCGCUGCAACAGAAAGACAUUCAGAAACUCAACCAACAGAAUGCAGAGAGGUCAAGUUGUAUGCAGACCACGGGGUCCCAGGACCUGGAGACAGAGGGAGAGGUCCCUCAGGUCACCCUAGAGAGUCAGGGAGGCCUGGACCGUCUGAAUGCCAUCCUGGACAACCCAAAAGCACCUGCAGCCAAGCAGCGAGAGGAUUCAAAGGUAGAAGGGUCAAGAGUAAAGGUGGAGGUAUUAUCCAAGUUUGAGACAAAAAAGGAGGAAUCACCAAAAAUGGGGAAAGGGAAAGAAGCAAAAGAGAAGGUAAAAGAAGCAGCUGUGACCCCUGCUGAUAGUGUGCGGCCCUCAAUCUGUAAGACACCUCAGACCCAAAAGCCUCUUCCUGCUGAUGCAUCUGUCAAACCGACUGACAAGCCCAGAAAUGUGGACCCCAUGCUGCAGAGGAAGGAUGAGAGCAAAUCAGUAGCUACCAGGAAGGAUGAGUGCAAAUCAGUAGCUACCAGGAAGGAUGAGAGCAAAUCAGUAGCUACCAGGAAGGAUGAGAGCAAAUCAGUAGCUACCAGGAAGGAUGAGAGCAAAUCAGUAGCUACCAGGAAGGAUGAGAGCAAAUCAGUACCAACCAGGAAGGAUCAAAGCAAAUCUACACCUUCCUCCUUGGUUGAGGCGAAGCCAGACCACAGCAGCAAGGUGGCCAGCAGCAGCCAGACGCAGGUGCCCGAGAAGGUUCCAGAGCCACAGGAGUGCAAUGAGAGCAGGUAUCCAGAGGAGGUGAAGAAGGAGGGAGUGGAUGAGGGAGGGAAGGAGGCAAUGGAAGAAGGAGAAAUGGGAAGACAGACAGCAGGAGGGGAGACAGCGGUGGCUGAACCCCAGGAGGGGGCAGAAGACGCUGGAGAUAGUGAGCAGAGGGCAGCGAAUUUGGAGGAGUUUAAGAGACUGUGGCUGCAGAAAAAAGAAGAGCUGGAAGGAUUACAAGGUCGUCAAGAAGAGGCAGAAACAAAGUUUAUGAUUGAUGUCUCCCAUCCCCCAAUCGCCCCCUUCAGCCACCGCAUUGUGGCGACCAAACCCAACCAGAUCAACAACUUCUACACCAUCAACAAAGAGGAGAUGCUGGGAGGAGGCCGAUUUGGCCAGGUUCACAAAUGCGUUGAAAAUUCAUCCGGCCUCACCCUGGCUGCUAAAAUCAUCAAGGCUCGGAGUCCAAAAGAGAAGGACACGGUGAAAAACGAGAUCCAGGUGAUGAACCAGUUGGACCACGCCACCCUGAUUCAGCUCUAUGCAGCCUAUGAGUCCAUCUAUGAUGUCAUCCUCGUCUUGGAGUAUGUGGAUGGAGGCGAGCUGUUUGACAGGAUCAUUGAUGAGAACUACAAGCUUACCGAGCUGGAUACAGUCCACUUCAUUAGGCAGAUCUGUGAAGGUGUCCAACACAUGCACAAGAUGUCCAUCGUACACCUGGACCUGAAGCCGGAGAACAUUAUGUGUGUGAGCAGAGUCACAAACAAGAUCAAGAUCAUUGACUUUGGCCUUGCCAGGAUGUAUAAACCCAGAGAGAAGCUGAAAGUGAGUUUUGGCACCCCAGAGUUCCUGGCUCCUGAGGUGGUCAACUAUGAAUUUGUCUCAUUCCGUACAGAUAUGUGGAGCCUUGGAGUUAUUAUGUACAUGCUGCUCAGCAGUCUCUCGCCGUUCCUCGGUGAUGAUGACAAUGAAACGUUGAACAACAUUCUGUCCUGCCAGUGGACUUUUGAGGAGGAUGAGUUCACAGAAAUCUCAGAGGAAGCCAAAGAUUUCAUCUCCAAACUCCUGGUCCUGAAUAAGAGUUGGAGAAUGAAUUCAAGUGAAGCUCUAGAACAUGACUGGUUGUCAAACCCUGGUCUCCACUACCGUCUACAUAGGAAGAAGAACAAGUGUCGCUCUCGGCGAGCGUCCUGCAUCCCUCUUUCAGAUUGAGAAGCUACGGCCACAAAUUUGGCGGCUCUGUCGACAGGCACCCUCAUACCGAGCACUGUGGCGAUAAGAGCCACAACCACCUGGACCAACACUGCUGUACCUGUAUGCUUUCUGGACAUGACGCUCACCCUUUAAUAUGUAUAUUAGCACAGUGCCCUGAGCAUCUGCAAGCUUACAACCAUUUAGGCUAUAUUUUAGGCACUUAGCCGACGCUGUAAUCCAGAGGGACUUACACUGCUCAUAUUCUUUUUACAUGUAUUUAAUUUAUACAGCUGGAUAUUUACUGAAGUAGCUCAGCUUACCUCACUCAAUGUUCCACUGGCAGUGCCCGACCUGGAAAUCAAACUGGUAGCUUUGGAGGUACACACCUACUUUUAUCCUAACCAGUACGCCACACUGCCGCCAACCUGUACCAAGUGAUUGAAUGCUAGGGCUUCUAUAGAACGGUUCACCCACCCACCUCACCAACUUCACCAUAUAAACAGCCAAUAUCAGAUAUUGCAGUGACUGAAAAUUGUUUCAUAUGAGUGCGGAAGCCACAAUUUACACUGAAUAUUUUCAUAGCAUGAGCUAGAAUGUUGGGGUGUUGACAACAGUUUACUAAAACCUUGGUUGUGAAUUGUAGAGACUUUUAGAUUCCCUGAAAUGUGUUUACUGAAGUUUGUACCCAUUAGCUCAUUUAUGUUGUUUAGCAGUUUUGAAUUUCACUGUUUGGAUUUUUUCCUAUAUGCCCAUCAGCUCAAAAAGCACAAUUAUUAAUUUGCUUACAUGCAUAGUUUCAGUUUUAUGUAUGAAUCAGCCUUCUACUGGUGUUAGAUGUGUAUCGUAGACAUACAGUAUGCUAAUGCUUUCAUAGAUACAGUGGGGAGCAAAAAAACAGGGCUCCCCUGGUUAAAAUGUCUGUUACAAUGAAUCUGUACGUGAUUGAAAGCAAACUUGAACUUUUUACUACAUGAGACUUUUCUGCAAAUUUGAAAGCAAAAUCUUUUCUUUUUUUCAUGUUUUACUCUUUGUACAUUAUUUAAAAAAAAGGAAAAGGGCCCUGUGAAAAUGUUUAGGAACCUUUUGGAUUAUUCUUUGUUACUUUUUAAAAAGAUGAUUACUAAGGCCCAGACCCAGGUGAUUUACUCGUUAGAGCUUCGAUGAGUCAGUUGAGUAUAAUUCCAGGGAUGAACUUUUUAUUCUGAAAUAAGUCCAUGCCUUCAAAAGUAUCAAAGGUCAGUCCAGACAUUGAAGUUGAAGAGAGUGUGGGUAUUCCAGUAAGAUAAUGAUCCAAAGCAUACCUCAAAAUCAACCAUAAAGUACCUCCAGGAAAGAUGAAGGUUUUGGAAUGGACACCACUAGAAUAUUAUUGAAAAUCUGUGAUCUCAAACAUGCAGUACAUGCAAGGAGGCUGAAGAAUAUUUCUGAAAUAGAGGUGUUCUGCCAGGAAGAAUUAUGAAAAAUUCCAAAAGUGAGAAUUGACAGUCUUAGAUAAACAUGAAGUGUUUACAAGCUAUUAUAGUUGCCUGGGGAGGAGUUACAAAGCACUAACUGACAGCAUUCCCAAACUUUUGCACAGAGCCUUGUUCCUUUUUUGAUUAUUUUUGAAACUGUGAGAAAAUUCUACUAAAUAGUAAUCUUGCUUUAAAAUUUGAAGAAAUGUGUCAUGUUUAAUAUUGUACCAUUUAGAGGUCAGGUUCGGUUCUGUUCACUUAGAUAUUCAUUAUCUAAAUUAUUUUUUGCCCACGGGUGCCCACAUUUUUGCACACCACUGCAUCUCAGUGUGUUUUAAUGAGACAUUUUGGUAGGAGUCUGGCCAGGCAAAUUUUCUUAAUAAGGUUCUAAGGUCAAAUAAUUCUUCCAAUAAUAUAAUGUUGCUUCCCUCUGCCAUCUUCACCUGAAAUCUGAUUCUUUUCACAUAGCGUUUAAAGACAUUUUCAUUAUUUAUUAUCCUUGUGUUUUGUGCCAAGAAGUAUCACCAUUUUUUAUUUCAAACUCAGCCUCUUGGUGUCAGACAUAAAAGAUUUUUCUUGCUGUGUUUCA